UCAAGGUAUCAAGUUUGUGUCCACAGAGACCAAUGAAACCAUGGAAGCCAAUUCAGAGCUGGACGACUACCAGUACGACGAUGACUUGUCUGAGGAUGCCAUACUUGUUACACCUUUCGAAGUCUGUCCAGACUCGCUGGGUGAGCUUUCAGGAGGUCAAGACGAAAGCAUUGACCCCGACUCAAUUUGUGAGGAGGGAGGGGAAACCUAUUCUUACAUGAUCUCGAACGCACGCGUCCGCGCAGCUCUGAAACGACCCAUCCGACUCUGCAAAUGUGUCGGCGUCCCAGUAUGCUUGAUGAUUCUCGAGAUCGAGCUGCUGGAGACCAAGCGAAGCCGACAGAUGCCCCGACUCAUGCGUUUCAAAUCUGUCGAAAUCACAGCCGAGUUCAAGGACGCCGAAGGAAAGUCAAAACUGGGUCCCGAGAUCGCAAUGUUUUGCCCAGAAACGUACACUGGGAAACCGACGUUCGUUGCGCACCAGAUCAAAACUGCUUUAAAAUUGAAGCUCGACCCUGCAGGCGCAAUCCCUGUUGGUCUUAAAUUGGAAUUCGACCGAACUCAUACCCAGCAUUUCCAGCAAAGCUUCAGCGUUGAGAUUACAGGUCGAGCACUCCGCUAUGGACCGAGAACGCCAAUUGUGAAAUGGGAUAUCAAGGAAGAUGAAUCCCUCAAGCAAGGCGUCCCGAAGCAGUUAAGAUUGGUAGUUGCGGUUAAGAACCCCGAUGAACGGGCGUUCAACAUAAAGCUCAACUUUUUAGCUUAUCUUGGAUUUAACGCUGUGGAAUUCCGGGUGAGGAAAAAGGGGUCUGUGUUGUCAACAAAGGUGGACCCAAAGUCGCUUAGAGAACGAGCGCUAAAUGAUGAGCUUGGCCGACAACAUGGUGAAAAGUACCAGUGUCGCGCGGACGAUGAGGAGUUGACUGGUUUGAUGCUCGAGGUGGAGACAAAUAUGAAAGAUUCAACUGUGGGGAAAACGUCAGCCUUUGGUUGACCCGAGCACAUCUGGCUUAGAAGGGAAGCAAAAACGUUUCGAUUUUGUACACUAUAACAAAGCAUUUUGGCUUGGAUCAAAGUUUAAAUGAGAUUCGAUGUAGUGAUGCUGAGACUUCUACAGUAUCGUGCGAGGCUGUCAGGGCAAGCUGACUCGGCUACUGGGUACCGCAAACACUUCUAAAUUCCAACUCUCUUACUAAAGUAUAGUGUUAUAUAGCCAAAUAAAACUUGCUCUAC